GUCCCUCCAGCAGGCAUGGGUUCCUUGUGGAGCUGGUGGUCACUGUGGGCCGGAACAAUCCUCCUGUGGGGGCUGACCCGGGAGGCCCAAGUGGACGCCAGGAACUCUGGGGGGGAGGAAUUCCUCUCGGCUUUCCUGCAGAAUUACCAGCCUGGGUACAGCAUUCCCCGCCUCUACCUCCUCAUCUCCAGCCUGUCAGAGAGCCCUGCUUUGGUCUCCAUCCUCAGCCAGGCAGAUGACACUUCGAAGACAGUGACAGUGAGGCCCGGGGAGACGGUCAUGGUCAAGAUCAGUGCCAAGGCUGAGAUGAUGGGCAGCAGAACCUUCAGGAGUGCGGUGGUGGUCCACUCCAACCGCACCAUUGCUGUGCAGGCACUAAAUGCUAAGCCCAACACAGCGGAACUGACAGUGCUCUGGCCCGUCCAUUCUCUGGGCACUGAGUAUUUUGUGCUCACGCCUCCUGGCACCUCAGUGGGAAACGUCAAGGAGUUUGCUGUGGUGGCUGGUGCAGCAGGGGCUUCAGUCAGUGUCAACCUGAAGGGGUCAGUGAUAUUCAAGGGCAAAUUGUACCCCGCUGGCAAGGUCCUAACUGUGACUCUGCAGCCCUAUGAAGUGGCCCAACUACAGAGCACAGCCGAUCUCUCAGGGUCAAAGGUCACAUCCAGUCACCCUGUGGCUGUCUUCUCUGGCCACAGCUGUGCCCAGAAGCACACAACUUGCGACCACGUGUUCGAGCAGCUGCUACCCACGUCUGCCUGGGGAACCCAAUACGUGGUCCCCCCACUGGCCUCCCAGUCCCGCUUUGACCUGGCCUAUGUGGUAGCCAGCCAGACCACGAAGCUGACCUACAGUCAUGGGGGUAUCACCAGCUCCCGUGGGCUUCAGAUGGGUGACGUGGUUGAGUUUGAGGUUCGGCCAACCCGGCCACUCUACCUACGAGCAGAUGUGGGGAUCCAGGUGCUGCUGUUUGGCACAGGUUCCAUAAAGAAUAAUGUGAUCUAUGACCCUUACCUGGCCCUGAUCCCAGACGUGACAGCCUAUUGCUCUGCCUAUGUGCUCAAGACUGUGCCAGGCUUUGUGGGGGUGGCCGUGAUGGUAGCCCAGACAAAGGCUGUCGAUGGCCUGACUAUGGAUGGGCGCACACUGGGGGCCAAACUUGCCUGGGCGCCUGUGCCGGGCAGUGAGUUCUCAUAUGCUGAAGUGGACCUCGUCACUGGUGACACUACCCACAUGGCUGAGGCUGCUACCAACUUCGGGUUGCUCAUCUUCGGGCUGGCCCAGGCUGUGGGCUACGGGACAGCACCUGCCUGCAGCCGGACCACACUGCCCACUGUGAAGCCCUCCUGCCAAGGUGUGCAGUGUGCAGCCGGGCAGCACUGCCAGGUGGUGGGCAGCCAGGCCAGAUGCGUGGCACAGUCCACCGCCGUCUGCCGCGCCCAAGGCGACCCCCAUUACACCACCUUCGACGGCCGUCGCUAUGACAUGAUGGGCACCUGCACCUACACGUUAGCCGAGCUGUGUGGGGAGGAUGAGACCCUGCCGGCCUUCAGCGUGGAGGCCAAGAACGAGCACCGGGGCAGCCGCCUCGUCUCCUACGUGGGCCUGGUGACCGUGCACGCCUACAGCCACUCAGUGACGCUGGCCCGUGGGGAGGUUGGCUUCGUACGGAUCGACAGCCAGCGCUCCCGCCUGCCGACCUCCCUGAGCAACAACCGCCUGCGCGUGUACCAGAGCGGGACACGGGCCGUGGUGGAGCUGGACUUCGGGCUGGUGGUCACCUACGACUGGGACUGCCAGCUGACACUCAGCCUGCCUGAGCGCUUCCAGAACCAGGUGUGUGGGCUGUGUGGCAACUAUAACGGCAACCCCGCUGACGACUUCUUCACCCCGGAUUUGGAGCAAGUUGAGGACCCUGAUGAGUUUGCCAGUCACUGGAAGCUGGAUGACGGGGACUACCUGUGUGAUGAUGGCUGCCAGAACAAGUGUCCUGCCUGCACCCCAGGCCAGGCCCAGCACUAUGAAGGCAGCCCUCUCUGCGGCAUGUUGACCCUGCCUAAUGGCCCCUUCGCUGCCUGCCACGAAUCCCUGGACCCCCAGCCCUUCCUGAAAGAUUGUGUAUAUGACCUGUGUGUGACAGGAGGGGAGCGGCUCAGCCUGUGUCGUGGCCUCAGCGCCUAUGUCCAGGCCUGCAUGGAGCUGGGCAUCUCCAUUGGGGACUGGAGGUCACUAGCCAACUGCCCCAUGACCUGCCCGGCCAACAGCCGCUACGAGCGCUGCGCCCCCGCCUGCCCGGCCACCUGCAACUCCGAGGCGGCGCCCUCCAACUGCUCGGCGCGCCUGUGCGUCGAGGGCUGCGUGUGCCUGUCCGGCUUCGUGGCCAGCGGCGGCGCCUGCGUGCCGGCCUCGUCCUGCGGCUGCGUCCACGAGGGCCUCACGCUGGCGCCCGGCCAGCAGCUGUGGGGCGACGACCUGUGCCGCUCGCGCUGCACCUGCGACGGCGCCACCCAGAAGGUGACCUGUCGCGACACGCAGGGCUGUCCCCAGGGCGAGCGCUGCCGCGUGGAGAACGGCCUCCUGGGCUGCUACCCCGACAACUUCGGGACCUGCCAGGCGUCUGGGGACCCGCACUACGUCAGCUUCGACGGCCGGCGCUUCGACUUCAUGGGCACCUGCACCUACCUGCUGGUGGGCACCUGCGGCCAGGACCGGCACGAGGCGCUGUCCACCUUCCGCGUGCUGGUGGAGAACGAGCAUCGCGGCAGCCAGACCGUGAGCUACACGCGGGCCGUGCGGGUGGAGGUCCACGGAGUGCAGCUGGCCCUGCGCCGGGAGUACCCGGGCCAAGUGCUGGUGGACGGCAUCCUCCAUUACCUGCCCGUGCAAGCCGCAGAUGGGCAGGUGCAGGUGUUCCGCCAGGGCAACGAGGGUGUCAUACGCACAAACUUUGGCCUGACCGUCACCUACAACUGGGACGCCCUGGUGACUGCCAAGGUGCCCAGCAGCUACGCCGAAGCCCUGUGUGGGCUGUGCGGGAACUUCAACGGGAACGCGGCCGACGACCUGGCCCUGCGGGGCGGAGGCCAAGCUGCCAACGCCCUGGACUUCGGGAACAGCUGGCAGGAGGAGGCCACGCUGGGCUGCGGGGCCACUCCGCCAGGUGACUGUCCCGCGCUGGACUCCAUGGUGGCAGAGGAGCUGAAGAACAAGAGCGGGUGCGGGAUCAUUGCUGACCCCGAGGGGCCCUUCCGGGAGUGUCACAACACGCUGGACCCGCAGGGUGCAGUUCGCGACUGUGUCUACGACCUCUGCCUGCUGCCAGGCCAGUCCCGGCCGCUGUGCGACGCGCUGACCUCCUACGCCGCCGCUUGCCAGGCUGCGGGUGCCACGGUGCAUCCCUGGAGAGACCAGCUUUGCCCACCGAGCUGUCCUCCUCACAGCCACUACGAGCUGUGUUCCCAUGGCUGCCCACUGUCCUGCGGGGACCUCCCGAUGUCCGGGGGCUGUGGCUCAGAAUGCCAUGAAGGCUGCGUGUGUGACGACGGCUUUGUCCUCAGUGGUGAGUCCUGCGUGCCACUGGCCUCCUGCGGCUGCCUGUACCAAGGCGCCUACCACCCUCCAGGUCAGACCUUCCACCCCGGGCCUGGCUGUGACUCCCUCUGCCACUGCGAGGAGGGCGGCCUGGUGUCCUGUGAGCCUUCCAGCUGCGGCCCGCACGAGGAGUGCCAGCCGUCCAAUGGUGUCCUGGGCUGCGUGGCCGUGGGCUCUGCCACUUGCCAAGCGUCGGGAGACCCCCACUACACCACCUUUGAUGGCCGCCGCUACGACUUCAUGGGCACCUGUGUGUACGUGCUGGCUCAGACCUGUGGGACUCGGCCGGGCCUGCACAACUUCACUGUCCUGCAGGAGAACGCGCCCUGGGGCAACGGGCACGUCAGCGCCACCAGGGUGGUCACAGUCAUCGUGGGUAACUACACCCUUCGGCUGGAGCAGAGCCAGUGGAAAGUCAGGGUGAACGGUGUGGACAUGAAAAUGCCCGUGGAACUGGCUGGGGGUCAGAUCCGUGUUUUCCAGCAUGGCUCAGAUGCUGUGAUCGAGACUGACUUCGGCCUGCGUGUGGCCUAUGACCUCACCUACUAUGUGCGAGUCACUGUCCCAGGCAACUACUACCAGCAGAUGUGUGGCCUGUGUGGAGACUACAACGGUGACCCCAAGGACGACUUCCAGAAGCCUAAUGGCUCACAGGCAGCCAACCCCAAUGAGUUCGGCAACUCCUGGGAGGAGCAGGUGCCCGACUCCCCCUGUGUGCACCAGCCAGGCUGUGAGCCUGGUGAGGGGGACUGUGGAAAGUGCAGCUCAGAGCUGGAGGAGAAGUACAAGAAGAAUGAGUUCUGCGGCAUCCUCACCAACCUCGAGGGCCCGCUGGCUGCCUGCCACAAGCUGCUCGAUCCCCAGGCCCCGCUGCAAGACUGUAUCUUCGAUCUCUGCCUGGGUGGUGGGAACCUGAGCAUCCUCUGUGACAACAUCCACGCCUAUGUGAGCAACUGCCAGGCGGCUGGAGGCCACGUGGAUCCCUGGAGGACCGACUCUUUCUGCCCGAUCACGUGCCCCAACAACAGCCACUAUGAGGUCUGCGCCGACGUCUGCUCCCUGAGCUGCGCUGCUCUCCGGGUCCCACUGCAGUGUCCGGAUAAGUGUGCUGAGGGCUGUCAGUGUGACUCCGGCUUCCUCUACAAUGGCCAUGCCUGUGUGCCCAUCCAGGAAUGCGGCUGCUACCACGAUGGCACUUAUUAUGAGCCACAGGAGACGGUACUCAUUGACAGCUGCCAGCAGCAGUGUGUGUGUCAUGCGAACGGAAGCAUGGACUGCCAGAACCACAGCUGCAAGCCAGGGGAGGUGUGCAAGCCCUUGGACGGUGUCCUGAGCUGCGUCAAGAUAGACCCAUGCGAUGGUGUGAAGUGCCGGCCACAGGAGACAUGCAAAGAUCAGGGUGGCCAGGGCGUGUGUGUGCCCAACUACCACGUCACGUGCUGGCUGUGGGGCGACCCGCACUACCACUCCUUCGAUGGCUGGGCGUUUGACUUCCAGGGCACCUGCGACUAUGUGUUGGCAGCAGUGGGCUGCCCGGGGGUCAGUGCUGAGGGCCUGACACCCUUCACUGUCACCACCAAAAACGAGAACCGAGGCAGCCCUGCCGUGUCCUACGUGAAGCGUGUCACCGUGUCUGCCCUUGGCACCAACAUUUCCAUCCACAAGAACGAGUUUGGCAGAGUCCGGGUGAACGAUGUGUUGACAGCCUUGCCUGUUUCUGCUGCCGGUGGGCGGAUUUUAGUGACUCAAGGCCCAGGAAAGGCCAUAUUGGUGGCUGCCUUUGGGCUUCAAGUCACCUACAACUGGGAUUGGCAGGUAGAGGUGACACUGCCCAGCAGCUACCAUAGUGCAGUGUGUGGGCUCUGCGGGAACAUGGACCAGGACCCCAGCAACGACCGAGUCUUCCCUAACGGCACCCUGGCUCCCUCCAUACCCACCUGGGGUGGCAGCUGGCGAGUUCCAGGCUUGGACCCAUUUUGCUGGGACGAAUGUCAGGGGUCCUGCCCAACAUGCUCUGAGGAUCAACAGGAAAAGUACAAGGGCCCCAGCUUCUGCGGACCUCUGGCGCCCGGCUCUUCGGGCCCCUUUGCUGCCUGCCAUGCUAAGGUGCCCCCCGAGAGCUUCUUCACGGGCUGCCUCCUGGAUGUGUGCCUGGGUGGUGGGGCCCAGGACAUCCUUUGCCAGGCGCUGGCUGCCUACGCUGCUGCCUGCCAGGCCGCUGAGGUCGUCAUCGGGGAGUGGAGAACACAGGCAGGCUGUGAGAUCCCCUGCCUUGCCAACAGCCACUAUGAGCUCUGCGGCCCACCCUGCCCGGCCAGCUGCCCGUCCCCCUCCUCUUCCUCCACCCCAGCUGUAUGUGAGGGUCCCUGCACCGAGGGCUGCCAGUGUGACGAUGGCUUCGUGUUGAGCGCUGGGCGCUGUGUCUCCCUGAAUGGAGGCUGUGGCUGCUGGGCCAAUGACAUCUAUUAUGAGGCUGGCAGCGAGUUUUGGGCUGAUGGUACCUGCUCUCAGCUGUGCCGCUGUGAGUCUGGGAAUGGCUCACUGGUCUGCACGCCUGCCAGCUGUGGGUCGGGCCAAGAGUGCGCUUUGCUGUCUUCCGGCCAGUAUGGCUGCCAGCCAGUCAGCACAGCUGAGUGCCAAGCCUGGGGUGACCCCCAUUAUACCACCCUGGAUGGGCACCACUUUGACUUCCAAGGUACCUGUGAGUACCUGCUGAGCGCACCCUGUGACACGCCGCCCAAGGGCACCGAGAACUUCACCGUCACCGUUGCCAACGAACACCGGGGCAGCCAGGCAGUCAGCUACACUCGCAGCGUCACGCUGUAUGUGUACGGUCAUGCCCUGACCCUCAGUGCCAGCCAGCCACGGCAGAUACAGGUGGACGGCAAGAUCGUGAAUCUGCCAUUCCAGCUCGACUCGAGCCUGCAUGCAUACCUGAGCGGCAAUGACGUGGUGGUGACCACGGACUUUGGCCUCUCCCUGUCUUUUGAUGGGGACAGCUUCGUGCGGCUGCGCGUGCCAGCGGCUUACGCGGGCGCCCUCUGUGGCCUGUGCGGGAACUACAACAAGGAUCCCUCGGACGACCUGGCUGCGGUGGACGGGAAGCCCAGCGGCUGGCAGGUGGGCGGCGCCCCAGACUGCGAGAAGUGUGUGCCGGAACCUUGUCCGGAGCCCUGCACUGAGGAGGAGAAGAAGGCCUUCGCCGGGACUGACGCCUGUGGAGUGAUUUCGGCCCCCGAUGGCGCGCUGGCACCCUGCCACACUCUGGUGCCGCCUGAAAAGUACUUCCAGGCUUGUUUGCUCGACGCCUGCCAGGCUCAAGGCCAUCCGUCAGGCCUCUGUCCAGCAAUCGCCACCUACGUGGCAGCCUGCCAGGCGGCUGGGGCCCAACUCGGCGAGUGGAGGCGGCCAGACUUCUGUCCCUAUGAAUGCUCUGACAACAGCCACUACGAGCUCUGCAGUGACUCCUGCCCUAUCAGCUGCCCAAGCCUCUCGGCGCCCGAGGGCUGUGAAUCCACCUGCCGGGAAGGCUGUGUCUGCAACUCUGGCUUUGUGCUUAGUGGUGGCACCUGUGUGCCUGUGGGCCAGUGCGGCUGCCUCUAUAAUGACCACUACUACCUUGUGAAUGAAACCUUCUACCCGGGGCCUGAGUGUGAGCGGUACUGUAAGUGCGGGCCGGGUGGCCAGGUCAGCUGCCAGGAGGGCAAGGCCUGUAGGCCCUAUGAGGAGUGCCGGGUAGAGGAUGGCGUCCAGGCCUGCUACCCCACCGGCUGUGGCCGCUGCAUGGUCAGUGGGGGCAUCCACUAUAUCUCCCUUGAUGGACGCGUCUAUGACCUGCAUGGCUCCUGCUCCUAUGUGCUGGCCAAAGUCUGCCAGCCAGAUCCUGAGGACGAUGACUUUUCCAUUGUGCUUGAGAAGGAUGAGGCUGGAAGACCCCAUCGGGUGCUGGUUACUGUGGCUGACAAGGUUGUGAGCCUGGCUGGAGGGCCAAAGGUCACUGUGAAUGGUGAGAAUGUCAACCUGCCUGUGGCCUUGGACCAUGUGCACGUGGCUGCUGAAGGCCGAAACAUGAUUCUGCAGACAACCGAGGGGCUGCGGGUUCUCUUUGAUGGCGAUGCCCAUAUCCUGAUGUCCAUCCCUAGCACCUUCCGUGGACGGACCUGUGGCCUGUGCGGGAACUUCAACGGCAAUUGGAGUGAUGACUUUGUCCUGCCCGAUAACAAGGUGGCCUCCAGUGUGGAGGCCUUUGGAACUGCAUGGCGGGCCCCCGAUUCCUACCCGGGCUGCAGCGAGGGCUGUGGGUCCCAGGGCUGCCCCGUGUGCUUGGCGCAGGAGACAGCUGUCUAUGAGAGCAAUGAGGUCUGCGGGAAGCUCCUGGACACAAACGGCCCCUUCUCGGCCUGCCACAGCGUGGUAAAUCCCUCUGAGUACUUCCGCCAAUGUGUGUACGACCAGUGUGCCCAAAAGGGUGACAAAGCCUUCCUCUGCCGAAGCCUGGCAGCCUACACAGCAGACUGUCAGGCAGCUGGUGCAACCGUGAAGCCCUGGAGGACAGACAGCUUCUGCCCGCUCCAGUGCCCGGCCAACAGCCACUAUUCCAUCUGCAUGCACUCCUGCCAGACUUCCUGUGCGGCUCUCUCUGGCCUCAAAGGCUGCACCGCCCGCUGCUUUGAGGGCUGUGAGUGUGAUGACCGCUUCCUGCUCUCCCACGGUGUUUGUGUCCCUAUCCAAGAGUGCGGCUGCACCCAUAAUGGCAGAUACUUGCCGGUGAACACCAGCCUGCUAAUGUCAGACUGCAGUGAGUGCUGCUCAUGCUCCUCAAGAACUGGCCUGACAUGCCAGGCCACCAGCUGCCCAGCAGACCAAGUCUGUGAUCUCCAGGAAGGAUCUUGGGUCUGCCAUGUGGCCCAUGGGCUCUGUUCCAUCUCUGUGGGUGCCAACCUCACCACCUUCGACGGUGUCCACAGCGCCAUUGGCUCCCCUGGCAUCUAUGAGCUCUCUUCCCAUUGUUCAGGACUAGAGGAGAGCAUCCCCUGGUACCGUGUGCUUGCUGACGUCCAGUCCUGCAAGAACAAUGCCAAGGCUGUGGACAAGGUCCACAUCUUCUUCAAGGACGGGAUAGUGACUGUGACCCGAAGCAAGGGCGUCUGGGUGAAUGGCCAGCAAGUGGAUCUCCCAGCUGAAGUGCUGACAUCUGUGUCAAUCAGCCGGGCUUCUGACGGUUCUGUGGUAGUCAGCCAGAAGGCAGGGGUCCGGGUGCGGCUGGGAAGCGACGGGCACCUGGAGGUGACGGUUGAUGAUGAGCUCGCUGGCAAGCUAUGUGGGGCCUGUGGAAACUUUGAUGGAAAACAGGACAAUGACUUGACUGGAGAAGAAGCGGUGGAGAAAUGGGAAGCACCAGACUUCUCCACAUGUGAUAACUGAUCAGUCAUCGACUAGGAAUGAAGACUUCGAGACCUGACACCUUAGAGAUUACAGUGUUUGAAGGAUGCACUGUGUACCCCUACCCUGCUCUAUUCCUUUGCUGAGCCACUGAGGCUGAAUGGGAGAGCAUUUAAUAAAUCUCUGAAGCCCAGCUGCA